AAAGCAGACCUUUUUCAUACCCACAUGGAAAUAUCACUGAUUUCAAGAAAUUUUUAUAACUUAGGCACUAAUAAUCAUAAUAAUAAUUUGAUGAUUAUAAGUUCAUAUGGCACUAAAUCACAUAUGGGUUUUGGUCAAAUAGUCAAAAGCUCUAAUCUUUCUUAUAAGAUUUCAGCUCAAUCUGUUUCUCAUUCUCAAAUUGCUGCAUCCACCAAAGCUUCUCAAGAAAUUACAUUUUCCAAUCAUAAAGAUGGUGUGAAGUUAUAUGUUGGACUGCCUAUGAAUUCGGUUUCCGAAUGUAGUGCUAUUAAACAUUCAAGGGCAAUAGCAGCAGGACUUAAGGCUCUGAAGUUAUUAGGAGUUGAAGGUGUUGAGCUCCCAAUUUGGUGGGGAGUUGCAGAGAAAGAAUCCAUGGGAAAAUAUGAAUGGUCUGGUUAUCUUACUCUUGUGAACAUGGUUCGAGAUGCGGGUCUUAAAGUCCAUGUUUCGCUUUGCUUUCAUGCCUCUAAAGAAGAAAACACAUCACUUCCUAGUUGGGUUUCUAGAAUUGGUGAAAUGCAACCGAAUAUAUUCUUUGCUGAUCAGUCAGGGAAGCGUUAUAAAGACUGUUUAUCUUAUGGUGUUGAUGAUCUUCCUGUUUUUGAUGGCAAAACUGCAAUCCAAGUUUAUCAAGGAUUUAUUGAAAGCUUCAAGAAUACAUUCUCUCAGUUUAUGGGUUCCACAAUUACUGGGGUGACAAUUGGAAUGGGGCCAGACGGCGAGCUUCGAUAUCCGUCUCAAAGUGAUCACUUCAAGAAUGGUGUUGGUUAUGGAGCAGGGGAAUUUCAGUGUUAUGAUGAAAACAUGAUGAGAAAUUUGAAGCAGCAUGCAGAAAAUUUUGGAAACCCUCUUUGGGGACUUUGUGGACCACAUGAUGCACCAAGAUACAACCAGCAGCCCAUUAUUGACACUUUCUUCAAAGAAGGUGGAUCAUGGGAGACUGCUUAUGGCGAUUUCUUUCUUUCAUGGUAUUCGUCCCAAGUCAUAUCUCACGCAGACCGGAUGCUUUCAUUAGUUGCGUCAUCUUUUAGCGAUCACACUACAGUUAUGGUGUCGGGUAAACUGCCUCUUGUUCAUUCAUGGUACAGAAGCCGGUCACAUCCAGCAGAGGUAACCGCGGGAUUCUAUAACACAAUAAACAGAAACGGGUAUGAAGAAAUUGCAAAGAUUUUCCAUAAAAAUUCGUGUAGAAUGAUCUUGCCAGGAAUAGAUCUCUUGGAUGAACAACAGCCAAAAGAGUCAUUUUCAAGUCCUGAGCGACUAUUUGCAGACAUAAGGGAUUCUUGCAGAAACCGUGGGGUAGAAAUUUGUGGUCAAAACAUGCAUGUUGCGGGUACAGUCAAGAGUUUUGAACAGAUCAAGAAGAAUUUGGCGUGUGAGAACGGAAUCAAUUUGUUCCUUUACCAGAGAAUGGGUGGUGACUUCUUUUCGCCUAAAAACUUUCCUUUGUUUUCGUCGUUUGUUAGGAAACUAAAUCAAUUGGAACUUGAUUCAGAUGAUUGUGCAUAUGAGAGAGAUGAUGUUGUAUUUGUACCUAGUGAGAACAGAACACUGCAAGCUGCAUAGAGUUGUGACGCUUUGAAAACCUGUAUAUUUGUAUGCAAAUUAUAAUCCCAAAAUAAUCAUUUAACAA